GCGCGCACCUGUCCCCAACACUAAACGUGUUCUAUUUUCAAAAGUUCGAAAACUUUUAUCCAAACUCGAAAUUCGAAUUGAAUGUGAAACUUUUUAGUGUUGUUCAGUUGUUUUUAUUUUUAAAAGUGCGUUCGGAAUAAUUGAAUUUUGAAUAGAAAAUAAAAACUUAGUAACUGUGGAUCGUGAGAAAUAGUGUUUUUGUGAAAUUAAGCAUUUGGUUCAUGGUGCAAAAGAAACUUGGAAGUAAACAACGACUUCCUACAAGGAGUACAACCUUGCAUGACCGGUUUUUUGUCACACAACCAUGCUGCCCAGGAAAAGAAGUACGAUACUCCUGACUCUACUGGUUCUCAUCAGGUCAUCCGAGCAGUAUAGCUCAGGAGCUCCCGCUGGGGCGUGCAAUGACCAGAUGCCCCGACACGCGUCCAUCCAGGCGCAGUCGACACCCCCUCCGUAUGUCAUCGUGACGUCAUCGUCGCAGGUCCGGCAAGGGGACUCCUUGAAUGUCACGGUUGGCAGCCCUGCUGGUGCGCCAACGCCUAUUGGAGGGUUUAUACUACAGGCCAGGUCUAUACAGGACCCCGACGUGAUAGUAGGCAAGUUCACCAGCCUGUCCGACCCAGUCAACACCCGCCUUACCACGUGCACCUUCGGUAAUGACACGGCCACUCACUCCAAUCCCUCGGAUAAGGCAGCCCUCACGUUUCAGUGGGAGGCUCCCUCUGACUUCUUGGGAGGAGUGGAAUUCAGAGCAACAGUAGCUCAAAGCUACGCAACGUUCUGGAAGAACGUGGAAUCCAAAGUGGUGGAGGUGGUGAACCGUAACACUGUGAUCACCACCACGUCACCAGCACCUACCUUCCAGCCGACUACUCAAGCCGCGCCACCCGUGAUCAUGGAGAGCAGGCCAAGUCCGCCCACCGAAACCCGCGACGAAAUCUACCAAGGCUGCGCAGACACCAAACUGUGCUACGGUAUCCCUGAAAACUGCAUCGCUAGAGGCAACUGCGAUGCCAUCGUAGCCGUCUUCGUUGCUGGUGACAUCUACACCUUCGAGAUCCAGGGAACUAACAACCCUAAAUACAUAGCUGCUGCUCUAAGCAUGGACAGCAAAAUGGGCGACGACAGCGCCAUGGAAUGCGUCAGAAACGACAACGGAAGAGUCAGUCUUUUCACGUCGUGGACUUAUCCUAAAGUAGAGCCAUUCGUCAGAAGAUCAGACUCCCCACAAGAUAUUGUCCAGUUGAAGGAAAGCUCGAAUAUCAAUGGGAAACUGUACUGCAAGUUCACAAGGGAUGUGGUUUCGACAGUCAAAGGAUUCACGUUUGAUUUGGCGGGCGGCAAAUACAACCUGAUGGUUGUCUCUGGUGAUAGCAUGAAAGAGGCUGACCGAGUAGGCUUCCACUCUAUCGCUUUCGGUGCUACCGGGGAUUCUCUGGCUUUAGCUACGGUGGGAACUGCAGCUGGUUCCUCCAAACUCCUCGUGAAGUUGCAUGGAUCCUUCAUGUUGCUGGCCUGGCUGGGAACAUCGUCUAUUGGAAUAUUGCUUGCGAGAUACUUCAGACAAGUUUGGGUUGGCAGACAGUUAGGCGGCAAGGACAUUUGGUUUGCUUACCACCGAAUCCUCAUGGUGCUGACGUGGCUGCUAACAGUCGUCGGCUUCAUCCUGAUCCUAGUAGAGGUGGGCGGCUUCGCCACGACUGGAGACAACCCUCACGCGAUCACCGGCCUGGUCACUGUCAUACUGUGCUUCAUACAGCCGAUUGGUGCAUACUUCAGGCCGCACCCUGGCACUAAGAAGAGGCCGAUCUUCAACUGGCUCCACUGGUUUUUAGGAAACGCUGCUCACAUUUUAGGAAUCGCAACAAUCUUCCUGGCGGUGUACCUGCAGAAGGCCGAGCUGCCUUCGUGGAGCGUGUUCAUCCUGGCCGCCUUCGUGGCCUUCCAUGUCGUCAUGCACAUAGUUUUGUCGCUGACGGUGUGUGUGUCAGACGGGCGAAUCAGCAACGGACGGGUGAACUCCUUCCCCAUGAAGGACAUGAUGGGCCAGCCGCGCCAAGUCACACAGGUCGACAGGAGCACUGAUGCUCCGUUCUCCAGCUUCCGAAGACUUCUCCUCAGCAUCUACGCACCAAUAGUAUUGCUGCUGGCCGUAGCAAUGAUCUGUCUGGUUGCGCUCGCGCCGAUAGGAGAGGCAUACAACUCCAUCAUGGGCGCUUGAAGACAAGACUAACAAAAAAACAUGGCUGCGUAAUACACCUGUAUUUUGAGUAAAUUACGAGUAAAACAAGGAAUUCUACAAAGUAUUAGACAAGCCGUCCUCUAAAAUAUUGUUCACAAAUUUUUAUGAUAUUUUUUAAACAAUAAAAAAAUUAUGAGAAAAGUUUAGAUACCUACUUAACUAAAAAAAGUAUCAUAGUAAUUAGAAUGAAAGGUCUUGGGUUCGAUUCCCACCUUAGGCAGUUUGAUUUUUCAAGUUUUUAGAAAUCUAUUGUUAAUGUAUUUAAUAAAUAUUACCUACUUAUAAGACGGAAAGUAGCUAAAAUAGCAACUAGUUUGCAUAGUAUUUUCUCUAAAACAGGUGUAGAACUUUUGUAAAUAUUAUUAUUAAGUUAAAUUAUGUAUUGUAAGUUGAAAUGAAUUACACAGUUAAAAAGAGAUUUUGAAUAUUGUAAUUGAAUGUAAGUAGUUAAGUAAUUUGAAACAUUCCUAAAGAUUAAUUUUGAAACAGUUAUUAAAUUGUAUUUUGAGUUUUACUAUGUAAGUGUUACUUAGGUAAGCACUUAUUUAGUGUGAGGCUCAAUUUGUUACAUAAAACACAGAAACAUCUUUAAAAAUAUUUUAUUCGAUCAACAAAGUAUAGUUGUAUCAAUGGUUGUGUUGUAUUAUUUUGUGGUAUGCUAUUUUUGAAAUAUUUACAUUAAAAUGUUGUUCUUUAAUUAAUUUAAGUAGCGUAAGACACUUAACUGACCCUGACUUAAGUCACACUUAAUUUAUCACUUCUUGUAAAUAUAAAAUGUACUUUAAAAAAUAAAUAACUUGAUACACA